AUGCCGAGCCAAAGCGGCAUCAGGGUCGAGCGCAUCCCCGGGUCGCCCAGAGCCAUUCUCUGGCUCGAGCGCGAGCCGGUGAACUCGAUGACGUUGGAAUUCUGGCGAGCGCUGUCGAACGCCUUCGACGCGCUCGAGCGCGAUGAAACGGUGCAGGGGGUGAUCUUCGCGAGCGGGCUCAAGCGGGCAGUGUUCACGGCUGGGAACGACGUGACGGAGCUGUACGCGCCGAGGACGACGCGAAAGCGAUAUCGAGAAUUUUGGCUCACGCAGACCAAAUUCUUGGCGCGGUUAUUGAAAUCUAGGUUGGCGACGGUGUGCGCGAUCAGGGGAGCGUGUCCAGCAGGCGGGUGCGUCGUGGCGCUGUGUUGCGACUAUCGCGUGCAGACGACGGAGGGAACACUCGGACUCAACGAGGUCGCGCUUGGAAUCUCCGUGCCAAAAUAUUGGGCCGAGUUGUUCCUCGAUCGGUGUAACGAUCGCGUAAAGGGUGAGAGUUUGCUGCAGCGCGGGGUAUUGAUACGACCGGCAGAGGCGCUUGGAAUCGGAUUGAUCGACGAGGUUGUGGGUGAAGGCGCGCUCAUGGCUUCCGCCUCGAGCGUAAUGGAUCGAUAUUUAAAAGUUCCUCCAGGCGCGCGGGCGACGACGAAGCAGACGAUUCGAUCGGAAUUUAGCGCACGAUGGGAAUCGUACGCGGAAGAGGAGGUGAAGGGUGGAUGGAAGAUGCUCAACAACCCGCACAUUGUGAAAGCGCUGGGAGGCGUGCUGAUGAAGCUCUCCGGCGGGAAGGCGAAACUUUAA